ACUAGUACAACACGAAGCCCCCUCCUGUGCUCGAAAACAUUAAUGGCUUUUGCAUGUUGUUAUGUUCUUUUCCUUUUCCUCAUUAUCGCAAGAUUAUGUAAUGCGACUGACUACAACAUUCUGGAUUUUGCAAUGAAGAGGAAACAUGAACUGUGGAUGGCGGAGCACGGACGUGUUUACAAAGAUGAGGUAGAAAAAGCAGCGAGAUUUGAGAUAUUUAAGGAUAAUGUGAAAUACAUAGAAGAAUUCAACAAUGGUGGAGUUUAUAAUUACACUCUAGGCGUAAAUGAAUUCGCUGAUCUCACGCAUGAAGAGUUCAAGGAAACUUUUAUUAGUGGAUUCAACGAGGACUCGUUUCGGUCUUCUUCGGAAUACAAUACUACGAUAUCGACGGAGCCUCAAAUUUCUUCUGUUCCUUCUAGUGUUGAUUGGAGGGCUGAGGGUGCGGUUACCGCCGUCAAGAAUCAAGGUUCCAAAUGCAGAUCUUGUUGGGCAUUUGCCACUGCUGCAGCAGUCGAAAGCCUUCACAAAAUCAAGAACGGCGUACUCUACGACCUAUCCCAACAACAACUCGUGGACUGUGCAUGGAAAACCUUGGGGUGUGGCGGAGGAUGGCCCCGCGACUCCUACAGUUACAUCAAGGACAAUGGCGGCCUCACGACCGCAGCAAAUUACCCGUACAAUGAAGUCGAUAACCCUUGUGACGUGAUGAAGGCAAAAGAAAUCGUAGCAAACAUUAGCGAUUUCGUGUCUGUGACCCCAAAAACCGAGGCAGCGCUGAUGGAAGCAGUUGCAAAACAACCUGUGACCGUGGUAAUCGAAGCCGAAUCGAAAACUUUUAUGUUUUACAAGUCAGGUGAUAUAUAUUCUAAGAAAAAUUGA